CGCGUCGCGACCGCAAUCAAUAAACAGAUGAUAACCGCACCGGAGCCAAGCUAGCUAAGUAACAUCUGAAGAGAAAGAGACUUCUUGUCACUGUUGUGAAGUGCCAAUCCUGUUUGAUACAGUGGGACAUUGUAGCUGUGCUUCCUUUCCUGCCCAGUGGGUGUUACCCCCAAAGAACCUCAACAACACCUUCCUUAUUUUUGACUACCUCCGCCUCCUCAUCCUCCACACAGCCACUCCCUGUGAUGCCUCCCUCAUGCUGUGGCUGCCUGUCACAGUACACUUAUCAUCAUCUGGCUGUCUUCCUCCUCACCUUCUUUAGUUAUGUGUUGCUGCAUGCAUCCAGGAAGACAUUCAGCAAUGUGAAAGUGAGCAUCUCAGCCCAGUGGACACCGUCCAUCCAGAAUGACAGUUUCCCUGCUUUCUCACCAACAGAGAGAUGGGAAGACAAUCAUCUGUUUGAAGAUGAAAAGCAGGCGACGCUGUUCCUUGGCGCUCUGGACUCCAUCUUCCUCUUCUCAUAUGCUGUGGGUCUAUAUUUGAGUGGGAUCAUUGGGGACAGAGUGAACCUACGUUACGUACUCUGCUUUGGCCUCUGUGGCUCUGCUGUAGUGGAGUUUUUAUUCGGUACUGUGACAGAAUGGCUCCACUUCUACAACAUCUACCUGUACUGUGGCCUGUGGGUGCUGAAUGGCCUACUGCAGUCCGCCGUCUGGCCCUGCGUGGUCGCUGUCAUGGGAAACUGGUUCAGCAAGUCAGGACGAGGCUUCGUGUUUGGCCUGUGGAGCGCUUGUGCUUCUGUUGGCAACAUUCUGGGUGCCUUUCUGGCUUCGAGUGUACUUAAGUGUGGCUACGAGUACGCCUUCCUGAUGACCUCGGGGGUGCAGUUUGCCGGUGGGGUCAUUGUGUUCUUCGGCUUGCUCACCUCCCCGAAAGAAGUCGGUCUAAGUGUGGAGAUGGAAUCAGGACUUAAGUCAGCAGAGACGGACACAGACAGCCACAAACCUCUGAUGAGUGAUGAGGAGGACGUGUGUGAGACACAGUGGAAUGAUUCAGAGCAAGACGGACCUCAGGACGAGCCCUCUCAAGCCAUCGGCUUCUUCCAAGCCUUCUGUCUCCCUGGAGUUUUGCCUUAUUCGCUGGCUUAUGCUUGUCUGAAGCUGGUCAACUAUUCCUUCUUCUUCUGGCUUCCUUUCUACCUAAGUAACAAAUACAAGUGGAAGGAGGCCCAGGCGGACCGCCUGUCUGUGUGGUACGACGUCGGAGGAAUUAUCGGCGGAAGCGUUCAGGGCCUGAUCUCAGACUGGAUGGGGAAAAGAGCACCAGUGCUGGCGGUUAGUCUGGCAGUGGCGAUGGGAUCCCUGGUGGGAUACAGCCGCUCGCCUAAUGACCAGCUGAUAAACGCCGUGCUAUUGGCUACUACGGGCUUCUUUAUCGGCGGUCCUUCCAAUAUGAUCAGCUCUGCCAUAUCUGCUGACCUGGGGAAACAGGAGGCCAUCAGGGGCAGUCAUGAGGCUCUGGCUACUGUCACCGGCAUAGUGGAUGGAACUGGAAGUAUAGGAGCUGCUGCGGGACAGUACCUGGUGUCGUUGAUUGAGAGCAGGCUGGGCUGGAUGUACGUUUUCUACUUAUUUGUUGCAAUGACAGGGGGCAGCAUUGUGUUCAUCAUUCCUUUAAUCGUCAGUGAGGUCCGUGCCAUGUGGAGAGAGAGGCGACUGCGCUGUCACCAGCUAUGAAAGUCGAAGCGUCUGUCAGCUGUAUUGUUUUCGUUCCUGAAUAUUCUUUAGGUGAGUUUCUACACGCAGAAACAUUCACCGGAUGCUGUUUCUGAUACAGGCACAAUGACCUGGAGUAA